CCGGCUCUGACUCCGGCCCCACCCCCGGCCCGCCGAGGCAGCGGUGUCCCUGAUCGAGCGGCGGGAGCGAGGGUACCAAGAUGGGCAGUGAAAAGGAGCAGAAUCCAGAACAGCACCUGCCUGAGGAAGGGGAACAGGGUAAGCCCUGGAGAGUGGAUGACGCAGAGGGUUUUCGGAUCCCAGGUGGGGACAAAGAGCAUGGGCAAGAGAGCCUGUCAGAGGGACCACAGGUGAUCCAUCUAAAAGAACCAUGGCAGAAAGUCAUUGUCCCUGUUGGAGAGCCAGGGGACCCUAUUGUUCAUCCAAGGCCUGAGACUGAUGAGAAGCCCUUUCUAUGUGCCCAGUGUGGCAAAACCUUCAAUAAUACCUCCAACCUGAGAACACACCAACGGAUCCACACAGGCGAGAAACCUUACAAGUGUUCUGAAUGUGGCAAGAGCUUCUCCAGAAGUUCUAACCGCAUCCGGCAUGAGCGGAUCCACCUGGAAGAGAAGCACUACAAAUGUCCCAAGUGUCAGGAGAGUUUUCGGCGGCGCUCUGAUCUCACCACACACCAGCAGGAUCACCUGGGCAAGCGGCCAUACCACUGUGACAUCUGCGGCAAGAGCUUCAGUCAGAGCGCCACGCUGGCUGUGCAUCACCGGACCCACCUCGAGCCUGCGCCCUACAUCUGCUGUGAGUGUGGGAAGAGCUUCAGCAACAGCUCCAGCUUUGGCGUGCACCACCGCACCCACACAGGCGAGAGACCUUAUGAGUGCACGGAAUGUGGGCGGACCUUCAGUGACAUCUCCAACUUUGGAGCACACCAGAGGACCCAUAGAGGGGAGAAGCCCUACUGGUGCACUCUUUGUGGGAAACACUUCUCCCGGAGCUCAAAUCUCAUCCGCCACCAGAAAACACACAUGGGAGAGCAGGCUGGGAAAGAUUCCAUCUGAAGGAGAGUGAGGGAGAGAGAGAUCCCAACCUAGUGUGUGAAGAUCUCUAGGAUCUGCUGCUGUACGCUUGACCUCAGAUCUUCAUCCCACUUGGUAGAAUGUUUUCCUGUUGCCUCUGAAGCCAGGAUUUCCAGGGAGUCCUGAGAAGGGACACUGAGUAAAGACCUUAUCUCUUCCCAGGCCAGUUUCUUGCCUUGGAGAGUCAGAGGACCAGUCUUGGCUUCAUCUCCUUGGGAUGAAAGAGAAAUAGGGUAGGCUUAGUACAUGCUCCUAUAAUUAGGGCAACUGCCCCCUGGCCUUUGAAGAAGGACCUGUGAGAUGGGCAUCACUGGAGUUUCUGCAAAUUGAAUGUGAUUUGCUUAAACCACAUUGCAGUGGUCUGCUAGGUCCCAUCUGCUGUGCCCCAGCUGGGCUGGGAGGAGCAGCCUUCCCACUAGAAGGGGCCUCCUGGGCCUGGAGAAGAGGUCUGGUCCUGCCUUAGGAGUGUAAGGGAAGCCCUCAGGGAGCUGUGAUCCAGGGACCUUCACACGGCCCCAUGUUUGUUACUUGUUAACCCCAUCCCAAUCUGAAUCUUUCCUUAGUGAUUAGCAGUAAAACCCUUCAAUGAAAA